AGUCUCUGAAAGCAGGGACAUUUUGAACGGGCGGCAAGAGUUGGGGCCCUCCUUCCGUACUGGGGAAAACCUCUCAGGGGCUCUCUGCCUUCCAUUCUCGGAUUUCUGAAUCCUGAAGCACGCCCACACAAGCCAAGCCGCCAGGUUUCACUGGACUCUGGGAGAGGUUGGGCGGGUCCUUCUAGCUCCCUCCACCGGCCUCUGAACCAGAGAUUGAGCCAAGCAGAGGGUGGGCGCGGAGGGGCGCACUGGUCACGUGCGCCGGCGGGGUCCAUAUAAUUGCCGGGAGCUCCAGUGAGCUGCAGAAGCGCACAACUCGCCGCUCCUCACACGGAGGGAUUGGGAGCGCGAGGUCCCUUUCAGAUCUCACUUUCAGAUCUCUGCCCCUUGCAGUCGUGGACGAUGCUUUCAGAAGCUUCAGCGCCCAUUGUAACGGGUUAACUAGCCGGCGAGUUCUCUUUCCGCCUCCACUUCGGCUUCUUAACUUUGGAGAGCUUCCCAGACUCUUCCUUCCAGGUCCAAAAGGACUCUCGGAGGUCCAGGCCUGCGUCCCCUGCCUCCAGCGACCUCCUCGCCCGCCCAAGGACUGGCUGCGCGGGGCCCUUCCUGAACUGAGCUUUCCGCGCCCAGUGCUGUGUGAAGGUUGGAUUGCGGCAGCUGGAGGCCAGCUGUCUUGCGCUCAGUUUUCCUGAGGAACUUCACGCUGGAGAGCCAAAAGGAGUGCAAGAGCCUGUCUUGGAGAGUUUCCCGAGGAAAUCGUGAGAUCAUUCAUUAUGAAGUGUGCUGCGAGGGAGUGGCUCAGAGUUACCACAGUGCUAUUCAUGGCUAGAGCAAUUCCAGCCAUGGUGGUUCCUAAUGCCACUUUUUUUGAGAAAUUUUUGGAAAAAUACAUGAAUGAGGACGGUGAGUGGUGGAUGGCCAAGCAGAGAGGGAAACGAGCAAUUACAGAUAAUGACAUGCAGAGCAUCUUGGACCUUCAUAAUAAAUUACGAAGUCAAGUGUACCCAACAGCUUCUAAUAUGGAGUAUAUGACAUGGGAUGUAGAACUGGAAAGAUCUGCAGAAUCCUGGGCUGAAACAUGUUUAUGGGAACAUGGACCUGCAAGUUUACUUCCAUCUAUUGGACAAAAUUUGGGAGCGCAUUGGGGAAGAUAUAGACCACCAACAUUUCAUGUACAAGCAUGGUAUGAUGAAGUGAGAGACUUUAGUUACCCUUAUGAACAUGAAUGCAACCCAUAUUGUCCCUUCAGAUGUUCUGGUCCUGUAUGCACUCAUUAUACACAGGUGGUGUGGGCAACAAGUAGCAGAAUAGGCUGUGCCAUUAAUUUGUGCCAUAACAUGAACAUCUGGGGACAAAUCUGGCCCAAAGCUGUCUACUUGGUAUGCAAUUAUUCCCCAAAGGGAAACUGGUGGGGUCACGCCCCUUACAAACAUGGACGACCCUGUUCUGCUUGCCCACCUAGUUUUGGAGGGGGCUGUAGAGAAAAUCUGUGCUACAAAGAAGGGUCAGACAGAUAUUACCCUCCACAAGAAGAAGAAACAAAUGAAAUUGAAAGGCAACAGGCACAAGUCCAUGACACCCAUAUUCGAACAAGAGCAGAUGAGAGUAACAGAAAUGAAGUAGUGAGCAUGCAGCAAAUGUCCCAGAUUGUUUCUUGUGAUAUCAGAUUGAGAGAUCAGUGCAAAGGAACAACCUGCAAUAGAUAUGAAUGUCCUGCUGGCUGUUUGGAUAGUAAAGCUAAAGUUAUAGGCAGUGUACAUUAUGAAAUGCAAUCCAGCAUCUGUAGAGCUGCAAUUCACUAUGGUAUAAUAGACAAUGAUGGUGGUUGGGUAGAUAUUACUAGACAAGGAAGAAAACAUUAUUUCAUCAAAUCCAAUAGAAAUGGUGUUCAAACAAUUGGCAAAUAUCAAUCUGCUAAUUCCUUCACAGUCUCUAAAGUAACAGUUCAGGCUAUUACUUGUGAAACAACUGUAGAACAACUUUGUCCCUUUCACAAGCCUGCUUCACAUUGCCCAAGAGUCUACUGUCCUCGUAACUGUAUGCAAGCAAAUCCGCAUUAUGCUCGUGUGAUUGGAACUCGAAUUUAUUCUGAUCUAUCCAGCAUCUGCAGAGCAGCCGUGCAUGCUGGGGUGGUUCGAAAUCAUGGUGGCUAUGUUGAUGUUAUGCCUGUUGACAAAAGAAAGACUUACACUGCUUCUUUUCAGAAUGGAAUCUACUCAGAAAGCUUACAGAACCCUCCCGGAGGAAAGGCAUUCAGAGUAUUUGCUGUUGUGUGAAAUGGAACACUUGGAAGAGAAUCUUAUAGACUAUUCCAAAUGCCGUAUUUCUGAAGUUUGUAUAAAACUGUAACAUUAAUGUACAGCAGAUAUCAACUAUUUUCAGUGCUCCCCCACUAAAGUGCCAAAUGCAUAUAAAUCUUGGUAGACACAGUAUGUAAAAUAAAACAUGGGACAUUAUUAGCAUUGAGAAAGUUAGUAUGUAAUGGUUUUAGAAAUCCUGUGUUAAAUAUUGCUAUAUUUUCUUAGCAGUUAUUUCUACAGUUAAUUACAUAGCCAUGAUUGUUCUACAUUUCAUAUUAUAUUAUAUGGUGCUUUGUAUAUGCCACUAAUAAAAUGAAUCUAAACUUUGAAUGUGAAUGGCCCUCAGAAAGUCAUCUGAUACAUUUAAAAAUAAUCAACUCCAAUAAAAAGAAAGAAACCAUACCACCACGUUUUCCCAUUUUAAAUGUUAUGCCAUUAUCUAUUCCAAAUAAUCUGAAAUUACUUUCCACUUCAACCUGUAUAGAUUAUUUGUUAAGUUUAGGUACAUGGAUUAUUAAAUCCUUAUAUUGCACUUAUUACAUAUAACCCCUUAAUAUCCAAAUGAAUUAAUUAAAAUGUUUGGUUCUUUGGGAAUAGACUUAAUAGUAAGAAGAAUGAAAUCAGACUAGUAUUGUGAGAGCCUUUCUAGGGAACAUAGAGUAAGUACAGAGUGAAGUAUGGACAGCCAGAGAUCAUAUAUAUAUAUAUAUAUAUUGUGGUCACACAUUUACUUUUUUAUCCUGGCAAAUACUCCUGCAGGCCAGGAAGUAUAAUAGCAAAAAAUUCUUAUAUAUGUCAUGUAUUACAUUACUAUUGCCACUGUUCUUAUUAAUGGUAAAUGGAUUUGUGUAUAAAUGUCUUCAUAUUAUAUUUGUUUUAUGGAAAAAAUGUGCCUGGAGAGUAAAAUUCUCUAAUUGUUAAUUUUGUUAAUUGUUUUUCUUCUGAUGAACUUACUCUUUCCAUGUAUACAUAUUAAACUUAUCAAGAUUCAA